AGAAAAAUUCUGACAACGAAAUUUUAAUGCAACAACACCGGCAAUUGGAGGAUAAUUAAACAAUAAAUAGAACUAAUUUCCAAACAUGUAUUCUUCUGCUAAAAAACUACAAAGAGUAUUAUCCUCGCGUGAAAUACGAAAAACAUUUAUUGAAUAUUUCACUAAAAAUCAUGAUCACAAAUUUGUACGUUCCAGUCCGGUGGUACCGUUUUGUGAUCCUACAGUGGCAUUUGUUAAUGCUGGGAUGAAUCAGUUCAAAUCGGUAUUUUUGGGAACAACACAGCCACCUUACAAAAGAGUGGCAAAUUCGCAGAAAUGUGUAAGAGUGGGUGGUAAACACAAUGAUUUGUCAGUUGUGGGAGAGGACAGUUACCAUCAUACAUUCUUUGAAAUGCUAGGCAAUUGGUCUUUUGGAGAUUAUUUUAAGAGAGAGGCUUGCUCUAUGGCUUUAGAUUUACUUAGGGGACCCUACAAUAUUGAUACCUCCCGCCUGUAUGUCACUUACUUUGCUGGCGACAAGGUUUUAGGUUUGCCAGCCGAUUUAGAAUGUUUUGAAAUAUGGAGGAGUUUGGGUUUUCCCUCUUCACGCAUUUUGCCUUUUGCUAGUAAGGAUAAUUUUUGGGAAAUGGGCACUACUGGACCCUGUGGGCCGUGUACAGAAAUUCAUAUAGAUCAUCGUCCAGAUUUAGCUUCAGCUGAGGAACGUGCAAAGCUAGUAAAUGCGGGACGUGCAGAUUUAACAGAACUAUGGAAUCUUGUAUUUAUACAAUAUAACCGUAAUGAAGAUGGCACCAUAACUCAAUUACCAGCCCAACAUGUAGACACUGGCAUGGGUUUUGAGAGACUGACAGCUAUUUUACAAAAUAAAUCCUCAAACUAUGAUACGGAUUUAUUUGUGCCACUAUUUGAUGCCAUACAAAAGAUAUCUAAAGCUCCUGAAUAUGGUGGAAGUUUUCCCUCCAACUCGGAUGCAGCUACAUUAGAUACAGGUUAUAGAAUUUUAGCUGAUCAUGCUCGCAUGAUAACCGUGUGUUUAGCGGACGGUAUGUUACCAGAUCAAAAUCAAAAACUUAGACGAGUAUUGCGCAAAGCUUUAACUGUGUCCGAAAAUAUAUUUGCUAAUGAAAAAUUACUUACACAAUUAAUACCGGUAGUUGUUGAUUCAUUGGGCUCAGCUUAUCCCGAAAUACCAAAUAAACAGGCGGCUAUUUUAGAAUUAAUAGCUCAUGAGCAGGAGGUAUUUAAGGCUUUGCGGGAAAGUUCUUCUAAGGCAUUCACAGAGGUUCUUAGUGAAUUUCCUAAUUUGGAGGACAUAGAUUUAAUGGAAUGUCCCGGAUUUGUGCCAGCUUAUAGGGAAUUUCAAGCCUUAAAGAAUACAUUUAAAAAUAAUAAAAUACCUGGAGAUUUUCUACACAAACUAACCGAUACCUAUGGUUUAACCGAAGAACAUUUUCAAAAAUUGGCCCAACUAGAAGAAAUGACCUACAAUGUGGCUGAUUAUCAAGACUCUGUGGCGAAGGCCAAACUAAAAGCUAAAGGAUCCAUGAACACCAACCAAUACUCGGACAAAUUAUUGCAAAGCAUUAAUGAAUCUUUGGUGGAUUUAACUAAAAAUUUGCCAGCCACUGAUAAUCAACACAAAUACAACUACAGCUAUGACACUAACGGGAAACAAUACAUUAUACCUGCCCUGAAAACUAAAGUAUUAGGUAUACUCUACAACGAUGUUAGUGUCCAGGAGGUGGUAUGCAAUGGCAUAACUAAUACUGAAGAUAUAGUAUCGAUUGUAACAGAUGCAAGUAAUUUCUAUUAUGAAUCAGGUGGCCAGCAAUCAGAUAAGGGAGUGUUUGUUAUAAAAACUAAAUCAAAUGAUGAAUACGAACUUAAAGUCUCCAAUGUACGUGUUAUUAACGAUUGUGUGGUUCAUACAUGUGAGUUGCCGGUGGAGAAAGCUCACUUUACGUUGGCCAUUGGCGAUGAGGUGGUAUUACAGGUGGACAGUCAACAUCGUAAAAGAAAUAUAUGCCAUCAUACAGCUACUCAUUUGUUAAAUGGUGCUAUAAGAUCAUUGUUUAAUAAGGUCACUUACCAGGUGUCUAGUGGGGUAACAAGUGAUUAUUGUAAACUUGAGGUGGGCUUAAUUGGUAAACGCAUAACCAAGGAUGAUGUAAUCAAAAUCGAGGAGCUUAUUAGCCAAGUAAUCUCCUCCGCCACCCCAGUUAAUGUUGACUUAUGCAAUGCUGCCGAUAUUCUACAACAAAAUGACGUUACAAUGGUGCCUGGGGAAAUUUACCCUGAAACUGGUUUACGUUUAGUUAGCGUAAAUUGUGAUAAUUUAGAAAUGCUCUCAAAAGAAUUAUGCUGUGGAACACACGUUACAAAUACUCAGGAACUAGAAUACUUUUGUAUAACGAAUCUUAAGCAAACAAAUCGCGCAAGAUAUGCCUUUACAGCGGUGGCCGGUGAUGCAGCAGAUAAAGUUUUUAAAGUGGCUGCCUUGUUGAAACAUCGCAUCGAUAUGUUGGAAAAUGAACUUAAGACUAAUAAACUGGCAACUGCCACAGAAAUAGAAUUACAAAAAAUACGUCACAAUCUCCUGCACCUGGAUAUACAAUUGCCAUACAUUUUCAAAAUGGACACAUUGGAGCGUAUAAAUGAAAUAUUAAAGAAAUUGAAGGAAGCGGCCAGGACGAAUAUUAAAGAAUUGGUAGAAGUUGAGAUGCGUAACGUUUUACAGGAGAAACCUUUAGAGAGCCAUCCAUUUAUAUUACACUACAUCUCAAGUUCAGCAUUAAUGGAAGAAGUUCCCUUACAAAAGGCCACAAGACUUUGUACUGAUCGUCCCAUAUUAGUUAUAAGCCGCAGUGAUAAUAUUCUCAAAGCCAGAUGUUGUGUUCCCAAGCAAUUUCAAUCGGAAAACUUCAAUGCUGAAAAAUGGUUAAAAGAAUUUGCCAGCAUUUUCAAAUCUCAAGUAGCCGCACCUAAAGGACAAAAUCCUUUUGAAGUUUGUAAUAUGAAGGGUAAGAAAACCUCAACACAAUUCGAAGAACAAUUGGAAAUUGCCAUGUGUAAAGCCCAACAGUAUGCUCUCAAACAUUUAAAAUAAAUUAUUGUUAUUUAGUAUUUUAAGGAUUUUUUUUUUAAAUUUUAAAAAAUAUGUAUUAUAAAAUGGCU